CACCGCCUCACCCCUCACUCAUCCCCUCUACCACCCACCCCUCAUCAUCCCCUCACCCUCUACGCUCACCCCUCACCUCAUCGCUCACGCCUCUCACCUCACUCAUCCCCUCUCUACACCCCUCACUCAUCCCUCAACUCAUACCCCUCAUCAUCCUCUACGUCGAUUCCUCACCCAUCGUCGUCUGAGUCAUCGUCACCAUCAUCAUCAUCAUCAUCAUCAUCAUCAUCAUCAUCA